GAAAUUUCGCAUGUCAACUUCUGUGUUAAGUGUUUUAAUGUCUAAGGUGGAUCGCAUGUAGUUUUAUGUAGGACGCAGGUAGUUUUAUGUAGGACGCAGGUAGUUUAUGAAGGAUGAAGGACGUUUAUGUAGAUGUAUGAAGGUUGUAUGUAGUUUUAAUUAAAACGCAGACAGUUGCUAACUUAAUUUAGGUUUAGUGUAAGCAACAGAAAAAUCUGAAGGUCUCGUAUUCAGAAAGAAAAAAUGGUGGACCAGAAUGUUGAGGUCAGUGUACAGACUUCAACAUGGCUGCUAAACGAAACUGCUACAAGACAAACACAAAAAGUAAAAAAACAAAUCCCUUGGAAAGAACUUCACCCAUUCAAAAAGCCACUUCGAGUGAUGUCAAUCUUUUGCAAAGUUAUCAUACUCCUCUGUAUACUGUAUUUCUUUAUCUGCGCGCUCGGAUUGAUGGAGGAUUCGUUUCAACUCCUAGGGGGACGUGCGGCAGGUGAGACCUUUAGAAACAGUGAGAUCCUAUCCAACCCUGUGGCAGGUCUGAUGAUUGGCGUGUUGGCUACAGUUUUGGUCCAGAGCUCCUCUACUGCAACCUCAAUUGUUGUAGCUAUGGUAGCCUCUGAAGUAAUUCCUAUUCGAGCUGCUAUCCCAAUCAUUAUGGGAACCAAUGUGGGCACGUCUAUCACAAGUACUUUAGUGUCUCUCGCCCAAGUGGGUGAUAGGUCUGAGUUCAGAAGGGCGUUUGCUGGGGCGACGGUCCAUGACAUGUUCAAUUGGAGUGCUGUGCUAGUCCUGCUACCACUAGAAGUAGCCACCAGCUACCUUUACCACCUGACCAAAGCUAUUGUGGAGUGCAUGAACCUCCGCUCAGACAACUUUAAAAUAGAACUGUUGACUGCCUUAACCAGACCAUUUACUGAACUCAUUGUAGAGAUCAACAGAGAUGUUAUCACAGACAUAGCCAUGGCGCCUAAUGUGACCGCUGAAUCUUCUGUCAUGAAGAGGUGGUGUCAGGUGACUGUUGUUGAGAAAACGGUGUCCGUGAUGCGUUACGACCCAGUGCAUGUAGACUGUACUCAGAUCCAGCGAGAUUCCCCGUUCUACGCCAGCUGUACAAAACAAUAUCUGAGUGGUCGAGGGCAAUCUGCGGUUGGGUUGUUCCUAGGCUGGAACCACACCCAGGUUGUCAACUCGACAUUGUUCCGCACAAAGUGCAAUAACUUGUUUGCUUUGAGUGACAUCACCGACAAGGUCGCAGGGAGCCUGCUGCUUAUCGUCUCCAUCGCCAUCAUACUCGCCUCCCUUUUAGGAAUAGUCAAAAUUCUAAAUUCUCUUUUACAGGGAUCUGUGGCAAAAGUAAUAAGAAAAACUUUAAAUGCAGAUUUCCCUGGGCGCCUGGCCUAUUUAACUGGUUACGUGGCCCUACUUGUGGGUUGUGGAAUGACUAUGUUGAUUCAAAGCAGUUCGGUAAGAAAAUCAUGUGCAGGGUUUCUCGUUUUCACGUCGACCUUGACACCUCUAGUGGGAGUUGGUAUUGUUUCUAUAGAGAGGAUGUACCCCAUGACCUUAGGGUCUAACAUUGGGACAACCGUGACUGGAAUUUUAGCCGCCAUGUCCACAAGAGGGAAAUACCUGCCACAGGCCCUACAGAUCGCACUUUGCCACCUCCUCUUCAACGUGACCGCUGUUCUCCUCUUCUACCCCAUCCCCUUUAUGCGUUUCCCCAUCACUAUGGCCAAGGUGCUGGGUCGUGUCACGUGUAAGUACCGCUGGUUUGCCGGCCUCUAUCUAGCCGGGAUGUUCCUGAUUGUGCCAAGCCUGGUCUUCGCCCUGUCUUACGCCGGCUGGGAGUAUCUCGCGGCCACAGCGGCCCCACUCUUCACCGUCUUUCUUCUGGCGACCAUGAUCAACGUGCUACAGGUUAACAAGCCUGCAUUGCUGCCCAAGUGCCUGCGAUCUUGGAGUUUCCUCCCAGACUUUCUACACUCGUGUGCCCCAUAUGACCGGAUAGUUUCCUGCAAAUUUAUAACAGAAAGGUGUCCGGGUUCGCGUGAUGAUUUUUAG